AUGCAAUGUGAUUCUUUUGCGCAUUACGAAUUAUAAACAAUCCUAUCUGAGACAGAUUAUUCGAAGAGAGCAACGAAGAUCAUUUGUACAAUAGGACCUGCUUGUUGGGAUGUGCCUACUUUAGCUUAAUUAAUAGAUGCAGGAAUGAGUGUUGCUAGACUCAAUUUUUCUCAUGGUGAUCAUAAAGUUCACGGAGAAACAGUGGCCAAAUUGAGAGAAGCCUUUAAAUAAAGAAAGGACAAGCCAGUCGCAAUAGCUUUAGAUACAAAGGGACCAGAAAUAAGAACUGGGUUGAAUAAGGAACAUAAGUAGAUUGUGUUGAAGAAAGGAUAGAAGUUGGAAAUAACUACUGAUUAUUCAUUUGAGGGCACAUCAGAAUGUAUUCCUUGUAGUUACUAAAGUUUAUGUAAAACAGUACAUGUUGGAUCAUAAAUCUUGAUAGCUGAUGGAUCUGUUGUAACAAUUGUGGAUGAAAUAAAGGAGAACAGUGUAAUGGUGACAGUUUAGAAUGAUGCAUCAUUUGGAGAAAAGAAAAACAUGUCUUUACCUGGAGCCAUUAUUGAUUUGCCAACAGUGACUGAAAAGGAAGAGGAAGAUCUUGUUAAAUUUGGUUUAAAACAUAAUAUUGAUAUCGUCUUUUUGUCAUUUACUAGAAAGGCAUAAGAUAUAGAGGAUGUCAGAGACAUUUUGGGUCCAAGAGGAAGUGGAAUCAAGAUUAUAGCUAAAAUAGAAAAUUAGGAAGGAAUGCAAAAUUAUGAUGAAAUAUUAAAAUCAGCAGAUGGAAUUAUGGUGGCAAGAGGAGAUCUAGGAAUGGAGAUUCCCCCAUAGAAAGUAUUCUAGGCUUAAAAAUGGAUGAUCAAAAGAGCACUUAAUGCAGGCAAACCUGUUAUCACAGCUACAUAAAUGAUGGAAUCAAUCAUCACCAAUCCUAGACCAACAAGAGCUGAGGCUUCAGAUGUGGCUAAUGCCGUAUUGGAUGGAACAGAUUGCGUUAUGCUUUCUGGAGAGACUGCCAAUGGGGCUUUCCCAAUUAUUGCAGUAGAGACUAUGGGAAGAAUAUGUUGUGAAGCAGAAAAAUGUGUUGAUAAUGAAAAAACGUAUUGGAACAGAAUCCAUGAUAGGGGAUAUUUGGAGGAUACUGAAGCUUUGGCUGCUUCAGCUGUGUAAAUGAGCUUUGAAACUAAAGCUCAUGUGAUAAUUUGUUUCACUCUCAGUGGUGAAAUUGCUAGACUCGUGGCUAAAUAUAGACCAAGGGCUCCUAUUAUUGCAAUUAGUACUGAGGACAAAACAAUUAAGGGAUUAAGUAUGACGAGUGGGGUUACUUGUUUGAGAGUUCCUAGUUUCCAGGGAGUUGACACUUUGGUUGAUUAUGCUAUCAAAUCUGCAAAGACUAGAGGAAUCAUCAAGACUGGUGACAAGGGUAUUGUGCUACUAGGAGGAAGUGAGGAGAACCCUGAUGAAUCGAAUAUCUUAAAAAUUAAGAAGAUCAAUUGA